AUUUUUAUUCCACGAAAAGAAAUAGGAUCGGUGUUCUCUCUCGCAGGUAACAGUGUAGAAUCAGUGUUGUUCUCAAUCUCUCUCGUAAAUCUUUAUGAGUAAUCUCCCACGAUCUUGACGCGUGCUUCCUAACAUGUUAAAACCCUAGUCAACCAAAACCGUGUCUCCAAAUCCUCCUCCUGCUCCCUGCCAUAAACCUCAGUGGUCGCAUCUUCAAGACAAUGAGAAGAUCCAAAUCAGCCAAGCAAUCCCACAACCCUAACAUCACUGUAAGAAGAUCUGAAAGAUUAGCAGACAAUUUCAAGAAACUCCCAGAUGACUUAAUCCUCAAAAUCUUGUUUAAGAUCCAAGAUGAUACCAAAACCCUCAUUCGCUGUUCCACUGUUUGCAAGAACUUGCAUUCCCUCGUCUCCAAAAUCGACACUGUCUCCCUCAAAUUCUUAUGUCCAAACGAGGGUGAUGAUGAUGAUGAUGAUGAUGAUGAUGUUCUCUUGUGCUCGCAGUCUCAUCACCACAUUCCACAAGUAGCGUUCCCUGCCCUCAUGAAGGUGUUUGCAAAUCUCAACUUUCUUGAAAUCAAGCUCUGCUCUUUCCCUUCUUCCUCAAAUUUGCAUGUGUCCAGGUUGAACUGCAUGAUUGGUGAUUGUGAUAGUAUCCACUGUGAAUUAAUUUUCGCUAUUCAAGUUGGGGUGUUGUCAAGCACAAGGAGAAGUAGAAAUAUACCUCUGAAAUUGAACGGGAAAUUCGAUACCUCCUUUGCUGAAACAAUGAUGUUCUUUUUAAAGAAAAUGGUGCCGCAUUGGCCUAAAACGUUAAAGAAAGUGGUGAUUUUGAGUGCGAAUAUGCAGGGGUCUGGAUCGAGAGGGAAGGUUUUUAUAGGAGAAGAAGAGCUGGAUAAUUUUGUUGAUUUGAUUUCGACUUCGAUGGUUUAUGAGAGUUGGCUCAACUGGCUUAAUAAUCCCAAAAAUGUAACUUAUUGGCGCAAGGACGCACAGAAUGAUGAGCAUUCUUGGCUUAGAGAAAAUGUGUGGAUUCUUUAUGGUUUAGGAUUUCCAUGGGUGAAGGACAGGGUGACUACUGAUAUAGUUGUGAUGGAAAGUGUUGUGAAGGAGUUAUUGGGCGCUUUUGAAUGAUGAUGGUAAUGACCAGAAUUGCGAGGUGGUGAGCAACAAUGAGAACAACAAAUCUAACAUUUUGAAGGUUUAUGAAGGUUACCAAAUCUUUUGUUUGAUUAUUAGUUAGCAUCACAGCAUAAUGAUGAAAGAACAAGAUCAUAGCCUAGAGAACCUUUUAUACAAUAGGAGCUGAAGUGCAGAAGCAAGUGCUUUGUCUGUGCUGAGGGUUUUCGUCAGCGGCUCAUCCAAAGUCCCCUGAAGAUUGGCAGCAGAUUGAAUAUGUUGUUCCAGCUGGUUCCGCCGUGGUAGUUUACCAAAACUUCCUCCACAUUGAGUAUUUUCUUAUACAUUGUAAAAAGCACCUUGAUCAGCUCCAGAGUCCUGAUACUGGUGGAUUGUCAUCUAUGAAUGUCAGUUUGUCUGAAACUGAAAAUCUUAAACACUGAAUCUGUCGUCUUUCCUUCACUGAGUAUUCAAGCUGUCAUUGCCGUCCUAGCUAGCUCAGAACUGAAAGAGACCCCGAUUCGUAAUGUUAAUCUAAGGCCAAGCCAGAAGACUCUAAAUUGACGAUAGACAAAGACUUGGUGUAAAACAAGAAGAGUUGCAGAGUUUUGGGGGGGGGGGGGGGGGAGGCCAGAAAUUCCUGAGAGAGCAAUUUGUGUCAGAAUUGAGAGCUACUAAGUGUUUUUUUUUUUCUUUAGGAGGAUGCUGAGUGUUUUUGAACAAAUCCAGGUGUGUAUGUUUUAGUUGUUGUACAAAAGUUACUAGAUAAUUAUAAUUAGAUAAGUGAGUAAUUAUGUUUA